UCUUGACUUGUGAAAGUUUCAGAAAAUGGUAGGUCUUCCUUUUCCUGGCGGUACUCCGAGAGAGGAACUCCAUAAACACAUUCGGAUUGGUCUCAUGGUCAAGGAGUGCAUUAAUAACUACAUGAGCAAGGAUGAAACACAGAGAUAUCUACAGAGUCGGUAUCAAUUCGCACGUCAAGAUAUCAACGAAGCUUGGGGUCUUCUUGAACGUAAAAAUCCAGACUCCUUAAGAUUACACAAUGAAAGGAUCCGUGAGCGCAACCUAAGGACCUGUGAGCGUGUUGCAUCAAGUUCGCCACGAGAGGGAACUUCAGCUACACAGGGAGAGCAAGAGCAGCAACGUCUAUCUCCACCACCUCCUCCUUCUGCUCGCCGCCCAUUGUGGAAUUCUCCAAAUGUCCAGAGAUACGCUGCUCAAGUGCCGCAAGAAGCAGCUAAUAAUGCUAAUGCUCUAGAGAACCAAAACCUUCAAGCCUCUCCAGCUUACCCCAACGACUUUUGGCAGCAGUUUUUGAAUACUUUGGACCAGAUUCAGAGUAAAACACAGUGUUUGAGUACUUUGCCUAAGAUUCAGAGUGAUACAGAUCAGAUGGUCGAGCUACUGACUGAUGGACAUGGAUUUGGACCACAUCCUUCUGCUGCCGGAUCCUCCAAGAGACAGCGACUUGGGGAAGCAGAAGAGAGAGGUGGUGAUGGAGAAACAGAGAAGCUGCAGAAGAAAGAGGAAGGUAACAUUAAAGAAGCAGAGAAGAAUGAGAGAGGUGACUCAAUGAAGAAGUAGAGAAGCUGCACGAUUAGAAUCUACAGUUGCCACAAUAAACGCAUGGACAGUUCUUACAUUAGCAUAGUUUUUUUCAUAUUGCGUAUGACACAUAUACAUGUUGCUUACUUUCUUAUUAUCAUCCUAGAUGCUACUACUAGUACUAGCUACGCUGUUUGGAAAAACAUCUGGGGAGCAAUUUUAUCGUGUUUCUCGAAGCUUUGUAUUGUGGAGGAGGGAUAAACAUGUAAACAGUUACAAUCUGAUGGAGUUUUUUUCAUAAUUCGGUUAAUACUGUAGUUUUUAACCCAUCUUUUCUGAUACAAAUAUUUAAAUGUCACAUCGUCAUACAUAUAUAGGUACUAUAACAUGUGUAAUAGGAUAAGUAAUAAUGAGUCAAAACUACGAUAAUUGAAUGAAAAUUGACUCUAGAUUUGUAAUAACUAGGCAAAGAACCCGUGCGAUAUCGUAGAGAAACUCAUUUUAUAAAAUAAAUAUGUUAUAUUUUAUGAGUAGAGAAAAUAGAUGUGUUACAAACCUAGUUUCAUGAAACUUUAUUACUUUAUUUAAGUACUAAAAAUCUAUAUUAUUUUGUUUAUAGGUUUGGUUGCGGUAAAAUUACAAAUAUGUAAAUACCAAAUGAUAUAUAUGUUUUAUUAUCCAUUUAACUAAGUUAUUUAAAACUUUCAAAAACAACUAAACAUUUGAAACUAAUUAAAAAAGAGUCUAAACAUACUUAAAUUUAUUCAAGCAAAAAUUAAAAAUACAUUGAUGUAAAAAAAUUCGUUUUUAUCUGAAAUAUUAUUUAAACCCUAAAAAUAAAAACAUUUUUGAAAGGUUACACUUCAAAAACAUUUUUUAGUAUAUUAUAGGAUGCAUGUCUUCAUAAGAAAAAAUACUAUUUAAUAAACUUUUUAAGAAAUAUUCAUAAACUGUUCAAUUGUUACGUGAAAAAUACCCCAUAACUUAAAAGUUAUAGCCAGUUGGUAAAAAAAACACACACAUUGAAGGUUCUAUGCAUGUUCUAAGUUAUUAUCUUGAACGCAUUAAUUAAAAAAUAUAUGCUACUUUGCAUAAUUUAUAUUUUUAUAUAAAACAUCUUUUUAUUGCUUUAAAGAAGUUUAUACGCCACAAAAGAGAAAAAAAUAUAUCAUGACUUUCCAUAGACUCUUAAAAUGAAUAAUAUUAAGUAAAAUGAGAAGAAAAAAACCCAAAAAUUAUCAAUAAAAACAUUUUAAAUUAAAAAGACACAUAAAUACAUAUAUUAUAUAUUGUUCAACUAAUAAUAUUUGUCAACAAUUUUAUCAGUAACAUUUUUUUAUAUUUUAAUGAUUGUUAUCCCAACAAAAUUAGAACUAAAGUCACAUGAAUUAAUUUUUACAGAAUAAAAAAUUCUUGACCAACAAGAUUUUCACUCAAAAUGACAUUAAUACAUUGUUUUUGGCAUCAUCGUUAAUAUAUAUUAUUUUUCGUGUAUAUUAUUUAUUUAAUAUCAUAAAUAUUUUUAUAAAUAGAAUUAUCAUUUUAUGUAUUCAUAAUAACUUACAAGUUCGACUAAUUCGGUUAGUGAUUUAUUUAGAAUAUUUGAAACAUCGUUAUUAAACAUUAUAAAAGACUAUGUAUAUAAACCAACAAUCAACUCUUCUUGACACCUAAUAAAUAAUCAAAUCUAAUAUCGAUAUAUAAAAUAUAUUUUUCAUAGUAUUAAAUAUAUUUAUAUAAAACUUUAUGUUCCAGUUAUAUUUAUAUUAGAAUAAAUGUUGCAUACAAGUGUGUCUCCAUCUUUUAAGGUUUCUUCUUACAAAUUGUUACAUGAUCUUUAGUUCCAUUUCCUGAACAAAUUUCAAUUAUUUUUUCAUGACAUUUAAAUAAAUUUUCCUAUUAAAAGACCAUACUAGAAUUACUAGUUUGUACUCUUUUUAAAAAUUAAUAAUUAUAUGUCAACUAUUUAUAUAUUUAUAUAUAUAAUUAUCUGCUCUUUUUCUGAGAAAAAAUAUCACGAAAAUUGGAUACCGUAGCAAAAGUCUGUUGACUUAUAUUUACUGGUCCCUUCUCAUUUGUAUGCCAUCUAAAUUUGUCUAAUUCACAGUAACGAAAAGGAAACGAUUGUAGUUUUUGGUAAAUGUAUGUUACAUGGAUCAAACGUGUGUUCAUAAUCAUGUAUAUGCGCAUGGUCUGUUAGGCACAUCAUAACCGUUGUUGCGUAAAAGUUCUGGAAAUUAGAAAUGUUUCUUGCAAUACACUACGAACACACGCUUGAAUGUUCUGGAUAGAUUCAUGCACGAAUAAUAUCCUUUGUAUAUUCAAGAAUUUUAGUGACAUGUGCAUGCGUGAGAUAGAAUAUUAUAGAUUCUGUGUUUAAGUUGACGGUUCCUAAGUUUUUUUUUUUUUUGAAACUAACGGUUCCUAAGUUGUUAGUAUGAAAAGUCACCAAUCUUUGAUACUAAUGUGUGCAUGCAUAAAUAGUUCUGAGAAAUUAAAUGAUAUGCAAGCGGUUGACUUUUGUGAUGGUUGCGAUGUGAAAAGUCACAAAUAAAAGUUGUGAGUACCAAGAGUCAGUCGGUGAAUUGAUUCAACAUCAAACCAAAUCAAACAUGAAUCACGAUUGCUAUCUUUCUUUUUUAAAAAAAUAAAAUAAAAUGUUAGGGUUGAAUUAGAACAAGUCGAAAUUAAUGUCAUGGCUUGAUUUCAUCACAAGAAUCAUAAAGUAUAAUCAUCAUAUCCUUUCUUAUUCAGUCGAAGUAAUAUUGAGAUAAAAAUACUCUAGAAUGUUAUUGGUUUUUCAAAAAAAAUUACAUGUUUAGGUUAAGAUAUAAGCAUAACAAAAAGAGUUCAUGUUUAUAUGUGUUUUCAAAGAUCUUUAAUGAUCAUUAACAAUGAAUCUCUCUAUUUUCUAGUUUAUUUGUGAUUUUUGUGAUUUUCUGGUUUUUAAUUUGUUAACGUCCAAAACUUUUUAUAUAGAAGAUGAAAAAUUGCAAUGGUUAGUUAAUACCAAAAGUUGCAAUGAGUUAUCACCAAGAAUUACAAUCACCAACAGUUGCAGUGGUUAAUCACGAGAAAUUGCAAUGGUUCAUUACUAAAAAUUAUAUGAUCAACAGUUGCAAUCUUCUAUUUAAUCAGUUGUAACUGUUCCACCAAAUAAUUGCAAUGAUUCACUUAAACUGUUAAAAAAAUCAUCCUCAUAUAUUUUAGACAUUUAAAAAACUUUAACUAAUAUAAUUAUUAAAACAAAAAGACAUGAUAUUAAGAUGAAAAAUACAUACUUAUAUAUUUUGCUAACUUCUUUUACAUCAAAGCAACUUUUAAGAUGAAAAAAGCACAUUUAAAUAUGAAAACAAACAACUUUUAACUUUUUUUUGGAUUCAAGAAUAUUUAGUUACUAUAAAAUAGUACAUUUACAAUAUAUUAUGAAUAAACAAAACAUUACAAAAGACAUUCUAUUGCAUAUGAAAAGACACAUAAUUAUAAAAGAGACACUUAUUGAGAUAUUUUAACAACUAAUUGAAAAUUAAUUUGUCUUUUAUAAUGAGAAGACACAACUCUUAAUACUAAGAAUUGUAUAAAGACACUUAUUGAUUGAGAUUUAGCUACUUUGAAAAACUUUUUUAAUAGUUUCAUGUUGGAAAAACAUAAUUUUUUUUAUGAAAAGACACACUCUUAUAAUUAGAAUCCAUGACUUUCAAAACUAAUAAAGACACUUAUUAAAAUAUUAUACAUAGUUUUAAAGAAAAUUUCAGUAGUUGCAUUCCAAAAAAAGUAGAAAGACACUUCUUGAUAUAUUUGUAACUACUUUUUAUUUUUACUUUCCUAUAAUUGCAUACUGGAAAAUAAAUUAAUCUCAAUUAUUGUCCUGAAGAGACACAACUUUUAUAAUGAGAAGACAUGACUCUUAAACCUAAUAAUUUUAAAAAGACACUUAUUAAAAUAUUAUAACUAUUUUAAAACAAAAUUCCAAUAGUUGCAUGUUGGAAAAACAAAAUUAAUUUCAGUUUUUGAUGAAAAGAUACAAUUCUUAGGAAUUAAUUUCUGCCACUUUUAAUUUGUGUUAAUCUUCCUCCUUUUUUUUUGAAAUACGUAUUUGUCCAUGAACAUAAAUCAAUGUCUUGAUCUCUUGUUUGAUGUCCAGGAACAUAAAUUAAUCUUUCUCUUGCACGUGUUUGAUGUCUGUUUGAUAUCUUGUUUGAUUUCUGCCACUUUUAAUUUUCUUUUCACCGCUUGCUCCAGGAACAUAAAUCAAUCCAAUUGACGCUAUUUGAAUGUCUCUUUAAUCCAUUAUCUUUUUGAAUGGUUAGGAAUGCGUGGGAUGAGAUGGAGUGAAUUGCGUUUUAUUUUUUGGCCAACGAACAAUCCACUUGAACACUUACACCAGCAACUACUGUAGGUUCUGAUACCCAUCUGUAACCAAGAACAGCAGCAAAGUGUAAUAUACUUUGGCCACCUUUCUUCCAGGGCUUCCUGCAUAAGGUUGUUAUUCAUAUUCUCUUGGGAGAUUCCAUUCAUUAGCGUCUGAUCCAGUUGGUCGUCAUUCUCGAAAAGCCGUAAAAUCUUCUCGCUCACUUGGGACAGUAAACUAAUCUUCUCUCUCGAUCACAGUUAGAUCAUUAAUUGUUUUUAUGUCAAAGUUACUAAUAUGGUAGAUAUAUCCUUCUUUGAAAGUGUAUAAUGUAUUAGCGGAUGAUCAAUAGUAGCUUUUAUAUCAAAUCCUCUAAAAAGGAUAAAAUUUAAAUAGAUGAAUAAACAGAAUCAAAAUUUAAAAUACUUAUUAUAAAGCCUACAUUUUCAUCGACAAGCAAAAGUUCUUGGCUCAGUGAAAUGCUUCAUCUCCUUCAAGUUUGUGAUUCCCAUUUUUGAAUCAAGCGAGCAAUCAAUUCUUGCAUUAAAUGUUAUUUUUUGAAAUCCUUCGGUUUUGAAUAUGAAUGUCUAAAGCUAGUGAUGUAUGAGUCCUGGGGUAAACAAAAUUGAUUCUAAAUAAAAUAAAAAAUUGAUUCUAAAAUAAUAAUGAUGUUGAUGUUUUAUUUUGAUGAAUUCUUUUCUACCGAUUUUGAAUUUAACGGGGAGUGGAUUCACAUUAGGCAAAGUCAGACUCUUAGAAGCAGUAUCUUGAUCAAGACCAAGGAGGCCGGUUUUAGAACAGAGGAGUGAUGUCGGGUAUUCCUCUCUCUCCAUAGAAAAUAAAUAACUUCAUGAAAAAUGAGUUUCAAAAUGGGUUUAACUCCCCGCAGCGUAACAACCGCACCAAACCAUGAGACGACAUCAUCAAGGGUCCUACAGAUUUUCUCCAUCACGUACAGUGGAAUUUUUUUGUUAUGGAAACAAACAAGCGUGUCUCUCUCUCUCUGAAUUUUUCCCUUGUCUGUUUUCACCACCACCGCAGUCUCGAUGUUUUCUCUCGCCAUCUCUCCUUUUAUGUGUAUCCCCAUCCUCUUGAAACAAAUAAUGAAAUGACAUGUCUUAAUAUAUAAUGACACAACUUUUAACAAAAAAAUAAAAUUCCUAUAAAACACACCAUUUUUCAACAUUGUUUGGGUUUGCUAUUAUUAAUUGUUCUUUUCUUCACCAUUUUAUUUGAUUAAUGAAAAUUAUGCUUUGAGAAGGCAUGAACAUUGGACCAUUUAUAGAUUUUCAAAAAUUUGUUUGAAGAGUCAUAUCUUUUGAAUUAAAAUGUUGUGUCUUUUUGUAAUAAUACUUAUAUGAAGAGUCACAACUUUUCAAUUUAAGUAAUCACAAUUUUUAAUUGUUGAAAAUACACAACCUUUCAACAUAAGUGAAAUUCACAACCUUUUAAAUUAAUUGGGAUUGCUAUUAUUAGUAGAUAUGUGAAUAAGAUAAGUAAUAAUGAGUCAAACUAAGUUACCAUCGGAUCUGAGACAAACAGAGAAUUGGCUCUAGUUUAAGCUUAUUUUAUCUUCAGUUGCCUUCUUCCAAAAGGCAGUGGAGAUAAUAGUCUCAGCCCACUCCAAUGUAUUAGUGAAUUCAAAGUGUGCAGUUUUGAUUUCAUUGUUGAGAAAGUAUAAGGAAUAAUGCUUCACUCAUACGUACAUUUUGUGGAGAUAGGACAUAGGAAGUGGAGUAAAACCAUUUGAAGACCAUAAACAACCAUUUUAAGAUCAUAUUUUUGUGGUAAGAGAUUUGUGUGUCUGCGUGUGUGUUAAUAUAUGUCGUAUGCGUGUAUACUACUUGUGUGGAAUCUAUGACCAUGUCUUUUUUGAACUAUAUAAUCUAUGUAUGACCAUGUUACUCCCUAUUAGUGUUCAAACCUUUAGAAAAUGGACGGCUAAGAAAAAAAACUGUUUUGACGAAUUUUUUAAGUGUUUUAGGGUUUGUAUUUUAAUUUAAUGUUGUUCUACCUUAUGGAACUUGUCUCAAACAAGAAGUCAGAACCAGAGUAUAAAAACUCGGAUCAUGUAUCGUAGCGCUCCAAAACCUGAAGGACCGUAUUUAUCUCAAAGAAUAUGUCCAACUCGUUACGAAACUCUAACCAUGAUCAUGUUGUUGCGGCUCCUAAGGUUUUUUUUAAGGUUAAAAGAAGUUGUUCAAAAACAAACAAAAAGCACGAGUUUUGCGUGUAUACUAUUUGUGUUAAAAAA